AUGUUUGACACGGGAGCUGCUAACGCACUCAAAGCCUGGAUAGCAUUAAUAGUCGAGUUAGAAUCACAAUGUUCCGAUUUAAGAUUUAAACUAGCAGAUUCCAACGCUCGAUUGCUGGCCGCAUCAGUUGAAGUCGAGUCUCUAAAUAGUAGAUACUUACAUUUUAAGCAGAGAGUUGAGGACCUUGAAAAAGCGCAGCAAAUUCUUAUUAAGAGAGAGACCAUCCCUUUGAGUGAAAGGGAAGUAAAUCUAAACUCGAUCGGGGUCCUACAAAUGGAACUCGAAGCGAUUCACAGCGAUUCCGACUGCUUUGGCCAGGGCAGCAAGAACAACGAAGACAUACAAUUGCUACUAAAUCCCCAGACUCUUUCUUAUGGAAUAGCCGUUGUUUGUGAUAGCAAUACAAAUCUUGUCAAUAAUAGGGAGCCGGCCACUGGGCCCCACCUCUAUUGCACUUCUCGAACUGCAAAGCUGGAUAAUAAAUUCGCAACCACUCCAAAAUGA